UCUACAUUAUGUAUAUGUAUAAAUACAUAUUAAUUAUUACUAUUUAUACUUACUUUAGUCUCUAAUGAUUGCUACAUAAUUAAAAAUUAUAUGUAUGCCUAAAAAUUUAGAUACGUUGCGUUUUUUUUGCAGAGAUAAAUAUUUCAUUAAAUUGACUUAUUUCCUAAAUACAUUUAUUACAACACACGUCCAUAUGUCAAUUUAUGUACUCCGUACUUUUUAAUAAUUGCAUACAAUUUGUCUGUUACAAAAUUUGAUUCAUUUAUAUCGUGACAACAAUAACGUCGCCUCCACUUAAUUUUUUUUAUUUAUUUUUUACAAGACGUAGGAGUCCGUUUCCAAUGUCUAACGAUUCUGAUGCAACAUACGCAGGCGAUGUGAUGCACAACAAAACCGUGGAAGCGCUCGGCUAUAUCUGUCAUAAGAGGGAAAAUGCGUAACCAUAUAGUCAUUCAAACUAGAGAUUCUCAACUCGGAGACUGUAACAUCGCUGAGAAUCCGUGGAAUUAACAAUUCUGCCGUUCUAAAGGCGCCGAUAUUCUUAUCAUCAAGGUAUCCGAUUUUCAUCGGCGUUUACAAUGAAAUCGAGCAUUUGUUUUCAAAUGCAGUUUCAUUUCUUUGAAAUCCAGUUUUGCGAAAGAACGCGCGGAAACAGAUCCGCGGUUUGAGAAGCCCGGGGUGCCAAGAUGACGCACGAAGUUAGCCGCAUUGAGCGACGAACAGGCCCGGGCGUUGAUUGGCGCGCGUGGGUCCUCACUUUCGACCAAUCGCGGCUCACCACGUGCACGUACGGCGCGAUGGUGGCAACCGAGUUGUCUACCUGUUGGUUGCCAGUGGUUGCGUCAGUUUGCUUGCGUUUGUCACGUCGCGCGGUGGUGUCCGGGCUCGUUCGCGCGUUUCGUUCGGGCUGAUCGGCCGAUAACCGCGCCGAGUUCGAAACUGUCGCAGGGAGGAGCCUGACGGGGUCGACAUAUACGGCAAUCACGUCGCAGCGGAAGGCCAGAGCUCGAGGGCGCUGUCAAGAAAGUAGGACGCCCCGCGUCGCGUCGCAUGGCGGAUUAUGAGCUCCGUGAAGAGUGUCAUCAUCACCCUGCCUAAGGGAGUGCCCAAGGCGAUCCCGAGGAACGAGCCGCCGCGCAGCUCGCUGCCCAAGCUGAACUUCACGACGUCGAUCCUGGUGGACAAGGCGAGGAUGGACGGCAGGAAGGGCGCCUCCGGCGGCCAGCAGGAGGAGACGCGCGACAGCGACGCCGACGUCGCGACGCUUCUCGAGCCCGUGGACACCCGCGUGCGUGGGAAGAAACGCCGACUGGAUCACCUGACAUGGGAGGAGAAGCUGCAACGAAAAAAACUGAAGAACCGCGUAGCCGCGCAGACCUCGCGGGACCGCAAGAAGGCUAGAUUGGACGAGCUUGAGGAUACGGUGAGGAUACAGAAGGAAAGGAACGAGCUGCUUACGCAGGAGUGCGCGAUGCUGAGGUCACGGAACGAGUUGCUGACGUCGCAGAACGAAUGGCUGUUGAACGAAAAUAAGAGGCUCAGGAACGAGAGAGAUGCAGUGAGGAACACGCUAACUGAUCAGCAGCAGCCGAUCUGCUCCGCCUGUCGGACCCGUGUCGACGGUGCUGUACCUUCGCUGGGAUCUGCAGUAUCCCUCAAUGACCCUCUGCCGCAGGGUGGGACAGCACAGUCGGCAUCGCGAUCGACGCGGACGCCACGAGCAACCGUGCUGCUGAAAUUUCUGACUCUCUACUUCCUCUUGAAGAACUGUUCAGCGCUUUCCAAAGCGUCGACGCCGAGAGAUUCGAAGAGCUGGCAGAGAGCCUCCUACGCGACGUCAGCCCAGAAGCUGAGGCAAAUCCUCAUAGAUCUAAUGAACAAGUGUCCGCCAAAGAAGCUCCCAUUAAAAAAUCUGACCAUCCAGAGGCAUUGGUGGGGCAGGCAUCAGAAAAUGUGGAAGCCAAUAGAGUUGGUGGAGGCGUAAACGUCACAUCAUCCCCCGCCUGUCUAGGAAAUACAUCCAAUUGGUUUCUCGCGGAUUGCGACACAAAAAGCACA